AUGGAAUUUGAAACUGACACAAGCCCUUCUAAACUCUGGUUUCCAUCAAAGUCAUCAGAAGGCAUCUUCAUGUCCCAAAGGAAAUAUGCUUUGGAAAUGAUUUCAGAAGCAAGACUCUCAGGGUCAAAGCCCAAGAAGACCCCAAUGGAACAGAAUUUGAAACUUACAAGUAGUCUGAGCCAGUUUAUGCAUGCUCCAAAGAAGUCUCAUUAUGAAGCUGCACUACAUGUUGUGAAGUAUAUUAAGGAUCAACCAGGACUGGGACUUCUAAUGUCCAGCAAAAGUACAGAAAAGGUUCAAGGUUAUUGUGACUCAGAUUGGGAAGCAUGUCCUAUGUCCAGGAAAUCAGUGACAGGAUUUUGUGUCAAACUAGGGAAUUCUCCUAUUUCAUGGAAGGCAAAGAAGCAGUCUACUAUCUCAAGGAGCUCAGCUGAGGCUGAGUACAUGAGUAUGGCUCAUAUAGUGGCAGAGUUGACAUGGUUGAGGGGCUUGCUAAAGGAACUAACAGUUGACAUUAAAGAACCUAUGAAAUUGUUUUGUGAUAACAAAGCUGCCUUACAGAUAGCUGCAAAUCCCAGCUAUCAUGAAAGAACCAAACACAUAGAAAUUGAUUGCCACUUUAUAAGGGUAAAAAUUCAAGAGGGACUAAUCAAGACUGAACACAUAGGGAGCAAUGAUCAACCAGCAGACAUCUUGACAAAAGCUUUGGGACAUCAACAAAAUGCUUUUCUAGUUUCCAAGUUGGGAAUGAAAAACAUUUUCCAUCCUCAACUUGAGGGGGAGUGUGGAAAUUAG